AUGAAGAAAGUGAAACUUUCUUAUAUCUCUAAUGUCACAGCAAGGAAAGCAACCUUUAAGAAAAGGAAGAAAGGUAUACUGAAGAAGGUGAAAGAACUCACAAUUCUUUGCGGGAUUCAAGCCUGUGUUAUAGUUUUCAUUCCUUUUAAAUCUGAGGUAGAGGUUUGGUCGAAUCCAGAGGGAGUUAGGCAGGUGAUUAAGAAGUAUCAAGAUGCAUCUGUAAUAAAUCAAACAAAGAAUGUAAACCAAGAGAGCUUUAUCAUGCAAAGGAUUACCAAAGCUCGUGAGCAAUUGAAAAAGUUGCGUCAGGAGAAUCGUGAGAAGGAGCUGACCAUAGAUAUGUUCAAAUAUAUGAAAGAAAAAAACUUGCCAGACAACCUGAAUGUUGAAGAAGUGAAAGAAAUAAAUGAGUUAAUCGAGAAAAACAGUAAAGAUAUUGAAAAAUAG